CCUUUGCCACCCUGCGGUGAUCGGCCCAAACUACAGCGGUGUCUCAAAGCCCGGAUGGAGCGGCCAUUGGGGAAGUGCACGGGGCUUUAACGCAACUGAGGAGGGCUCUGAGGAAUAAAAAAGACAAGUAUCAGGCGACCAGAGGGGCCCAAAGAUAGGAGACACAACAGGUCCAUACGGCCAUUUAUAAGCUGAACUUGAGCUCCUUCACAGAGACUCGCCUGAUCUCCUGAUACGAAGCGAAAGACUUGAAGUGAAGAAGUUGGAUUCAUCGGAAAAUACACAGCUGAGCCUGCGCUACGACUACGAGCCUUUACGCUUAGCGGCAUAACUAGCCACAUUAGCCCUGAGUGCUAACUGCAACUGUGCUGUGAAGUUUCUUUCCUAUCACGGGGCUGGAAAUACAGUCACAAGCCCGGACUCUGUGAGAAUCCAAGGACUUGCUUAAUGAAUUAUGUCUACCACGAGCAUUGACCCUCAGCAGAGAUCAAAGGGGCAAGCAUCUAAAGUGCAAAAUGGUUCACUGCAUCAGAAGGAGACUGUCCACGACAACGAUUUUGAGCCAUACCUUACACCUGGGCAAUCAACUCAGAACAACAGCUACCAGUCCAUCACAGACCCUUACCUGUCCAGUUACUAUGCUCCGUCUAUUGGAUUUCCUUACCCUCUCAGUGAAGCACCUUGGUCUACAGGUGGGGACCCUCCAAUUCCCUAUCUCACCCCCUAUGGACCACUGAGUAAUGGAGACCAUCACUUUAUGCCGGACACCAUGUUUGGGCAGCCGGGGGGCUUGGGCAGCAGCAUCUACCCCCAUAGGUUUAACUUUUUUCCUGAAAACCCUGCAUUCUCUGCUUGGGGCACUAGUGGUUCCCAGGGCCAGCAGACUCAAAGUUCAACAUAUGGUGGCAGCUACAGUUACCCCCCUAGUUCACUAGGGGGCACCCUGGUGCCUGAUGGGCAGACAGGCUUUCAUAGUGACACCCUCAACAAGGCCCCUGGCAUGAACAGUCUGGAGCAGGGUAUGGUGGGGCUGAAGAUCGGAGGAGACGUCACAGGUCAGGGCUCAGGGGUGAAGGCAGUGGGCUCUGUGAUUGGGGGACCAGCUGUAGCAGCCACCGGGAACGGAGCCACACCCAUCGGCAUGCCACCACCCAAACCAACCUCCUGGGCUGCCAUCGCCAGUAAGCCGGCCAAACCCCAGCAGCUUAAGUCAAAAGUGAAAUCAGGGAUGUCCAAUCCGGGGGGCGCUCUUCCUCCCCCUCCCAUCAAACACAACAUGAACAUAGGAACCUGGGACAAGGGUCCUGUGACUAAAGUAGCCACAGCUCCAUUGCAGCAGCAGCCCCUCGGCCUGCCCCAUGGUCUCCCACCUCAGCCCCCCAUGCAACAGGGUCCACUGCAGCCCCCUCCUCAGUCUCUGGUACAGCCCCAGAUGCAGCCAAUGGCCUUACAGCCCCAGCCCCACCACCAACCCCCACCACAGCCCUAUCAGAACCACACCCAGCCUCCACAGCCCCAAACCCGUUGGGUCGCUCCACGCAACCGGAACCAGGGCUACGGGCAGGGCAGUCCUAGCCAGGAUGGCAGUGUUAUGGGAAUAGUAGGAGGAAAUGGUGGCCCACAGAAUUUAGUGAGCCAGGGACCUGGUGGAGAGUCCCAUCCAGUAUUGGAGAAACUGCGUGCCUCUCAUAGUUACAACCCCAAGGACUUUGAGUGGAAUCUGAAGAAUGGCCGUGUUUUCAUUAUUAAGAGCUACUCUGAGGACGAUAUCCAUCGGUCCAUCAAGUACUCCAUAUGGUGUAGCACAGAGCACGGAAACAAGCGCUUGGACGCAGCAUUCAGAGCCAUGAAUGGAAAAGGUCCCGUCUAUCUGUUGUUCAGCGUGAACGGCAGCGGCCAUUUUUGUGGUGUAGCAGAAAUGCGCUCACCAGUGGACUAUGGCACCAGCGCUGGCGUAUGGGCACAGGACAAGUGGAAGGGCAAGUUUGAUGUGGACUGGUUGUUUGUUAAAGAUGUGCCUAACAGCCAACUGCGCCACAUCCGUCUGGAAAACAACGACAACAAACCGGUGACAAACUCCCGCGACACUCAGGAGGUUCCUCUGGAGAAGGCCAAGCAGGUGCUGAAGAUCAUUGCGCAGUACAAACACACCACCUCCAUCUUUGAUGACUUCUCCCACUAUGAGAAGAGGCAGGAGGAGGAGGAAGAGGUGCGCAAGACUUUUGAACCGCCUCAAAUACAGAACCGCUCUCGAUUGGAUCAGGAACGCCAAAACCGGAAUAAACAAUAGAAAACAUUUAUCCUUGGCUUGAUCAGCAGUUACACUAGAACUUUUGAUUUAAGAGAUUGAAGAUGAAAAUGCAACAAAGCCCUUCAUUUUUUUUCCAUUUUAUCCUGGCAAAUCUCUGCCAAUGUUGAAAUUUGUGCUUCUUUGCCCCAUUUGCUAUCCAUUUCUUGUGCAGGGAAAACAAAAUUUUAUGUGUUACUUGGUCACCACCACACAUUUUUUUAGUUUUCCUCCUGUUUUUACCAUCUUGUCGUCUUCUCUCAUGGACUGGUCCUAUCUCCCCUGCUCAUCCUUCUAAGUCAAUCAAAUCAGGGUUUGACUGCACCACGGAAAAUAUCUGCCACUUUAUAGUUCAAUACAAUCAGGAACGGAUGUGUCCUGCCCCUUUUAUCCACAUGGGGGCACCAUUGCCAUGCUUCAGAAUUUAUCUGUGCCAACAGGGUUAGCGGAUCCCAAAGGCAAUGUCAGACUUGGAACUGCGUGAUAUUAAAACUUCAAGGGUUUAUCUAUUUUUCAUUCAGAUCAACAGAAUCUAUAUUUUUUGGCUUACUACUGACAAUUUUCAUUUCAGAAACCUGUUUUCUGGAGCCUUAAUUUUUUUUCUAAUUAUUGGUGACUCUUCAAAAGAACUGCUUUAACAGUGACAUUGCUGGAGAAAUCAGGGAUAGUGUGAAGUCACACAGGACUUGAGACAUUUCAAAGGAGGAAAAGCAAAGGCCUCUGGGAAAGUAAUAACUGAUGUGUCCUCCACAACCAGAACUCAUUCAAAUCAGAAAUUGUACUUUUGACAUCUUUGGCACCCCAUGGCGUUGCUUUCUGUUAAUUGUCUUUUAGAUACUUGUGUGUUUCAUUGGGAGGUUCGGCUUCUUUACAUAACCCAGUCAGAGAGAUCUUUCACUCGCCAUUUUAAAUUGUUUUAAUAUCAGAAUUAUGUAAUGAUAUUACUGCUGCGUUAAAUGAAUUGUUGCUAUGGUGUUUUGUUUCACAAAAGGGGGGAGGGUUCAUAUAUUUGUUCAUUCACCAUCAUUCUGUCUUAAUCCUUUGUUCUUGCCCCUCCCCACCUAGAUUUGGUUUUGAUGAAUCUAUCAUGUUGGUCAUAAUGCUAAGCUUUAAUGUAGGAGUAUAUAUAUUCAUGGAGAAAGCCUAAAAAUGUAUAACCUAAAAUUAAUGUAACUGAUUUACUAUCAAGUAAGAAAAAAUAAGAAUGAAAAGUGGUUUCUGUGUGUUUCUUGGAUAUUGCUUAGCCGAAACCAUUAUUAACAAAAAAUACUUUUAAAAAAUGUCAAAUGUCUGUGGUUUAAUGUCAAGCUGCAAUCCAGUAAUAAGAAUAAUUCUAAAUGAUCCAUGUGCAUCUUGACAAUGAGGACACAGUAAUGUUAUGCUUGCAAUCGAGAGGAAGACAAGUCACUUAUUGGUUCUAUUCAAUAAUUCAGUAUUUUACUGAUGGCAAAUAUUCCAUUAUACUAAGAAUGCUGCGAAUAGUGAUUGCAUAGUGUUCUGAAAUGUCUUUAUUUGUUUAUGUAUUAUGCAUCAUUUUCUUUUUGAAAAACACAGUGGUACUUCUGUAGAUAAAGUAGGCUACCAGUAGCACAACUUGCCAUGUCAAAACCACAUUUGUGCCCUGCAGUUCCCAGACCAUGAAGUAAACUCUUCAUAUGACCCACGUGUGAAGCAGCAUUUCACCAGGCCAGUAUAUCAUUUGUAGUUUAGUGAAUUCUUUUAACACACCUGUUUUGUGUUUUUUUCUUCUUCCCUGCACUAAUAAUCAGUAGCUAGGUUAGGUUUGAGCCAAGCAAUAUGCCCUUUGCGUUUUGACAAGGUGAAAGGCGGGACCGAAGACAUCAGUGUUGCCCUCAGGAAAGCUGGUUUUGAGUGCAUGGGAAGGGCUCUACAAUGGCACUGUGAGAAGAGAAAAUGUCUGAAGAUGUAUGAUGUAACAGAGACAUGAUGUAAAAGAUUUAGCCAUAAAAGUCUAUGUAUCUACACUACAAGAAGGACAUGAAAUAUUAAAUAAACAUUGAUUAUCUUAUAGA